AUGACAGUCGCAGGUUUCGCAUCGCCGCCUCCGCCAGGCAAUUCAGGGGUGAGUCUGGUUAGCACGCCUUCGAGACCACCACCACCUCGGCUGCUAUGGAGAGGCUCGCUUCUCCUCCCUGACGGAACUGCCUUGCCAGGCGUGGCCUUUGUCUCGCACAGCCACCCCCUCUCUUCCGGUGCAGUCACGCUGGAAUCCGAGGGCAGGCCGUUUUCCAACACGAGAGAGGUGCAGCGGCCUGGGUUCGUUGACGAGGACGACGAUCUCUCCACCAAAGUCAUCGACGACCCGGCCAUUGAGGCGGACCUGUGCUUGGCGCUCGAGAUGGUUCGACACCGACCCCUUCGCAUCCUCGGAACGGAGAAGGAUACUCGAGGCAUGGUAGUCGAAGGGAAUUAUUCGAAAUCUAAGCCAACUGGUUAUGGUGGCGACACAAAAAACAUCGUCAAGUGGGAAUACAGCAUCGGGAUGCGGAUGUACAUCGACCCAGAGGAGGAGCGAACAUUGGAUUACUUCUCUGGCGCUUCCUCAUCCUCAUCGGCCCAAGAGCUUGCAAUUUUUGCCGCAUCGCGGUGUUCGAGCCACGUACAUGCGCUUGACCUCGUUCUUGGACGCAAGGUGGUCAGAAAGGCGCGCACGCGUAAACACGGUGCCGAUACCGGUUUUGGCUCAGAUAUGACAUGCGCCCUUCCCAGACACCCCUUCUCCCCCCGUCCCGAUGACCCCAUGCCAAGAACAAAUGCAUUCAUCACAAAACUCCAAACCCGGCCGCGUCAGCCCAUGAGCAGAGUUGCCAGCAAGUCUGUCGGUAAUUUUGCCGUUCCGCAUGUCCCUGCCCUCUCGAGCAGCGAUUUCGCUUGCAGUGGGUCUCUGAAAACAAGCACUUCGUCCUCAGACGUGAAUCGCACUCCUAGUCUUUCGGACGGAGGCGGAGUGAACCCAGCUUUUAGCUCUGCCAGCGGCAUGCGUGCACGCUCGACCAUUGCACGGAAGACCGUCAGCUCUGGCUCCGCAAUAGCCGCUGGGCUGUCCACAAGCGGCAAGCAGGGCAAUACCCCUGGCAGGAGGGGAGAAAAGCGGCCGCCAAGGAAGGAUCCUCUCCGACCUUCAUCAUACUCGUCCUCACUCCCAGGUGCGGGUGAGACGUCCCCGUCGGCUUCGCCAUCACGGAAGCGUCACGCAGACACCAUUCAGCUCGCGAUUCCAGUGGCGAAACGCAGCUCCUCUCGCGCUGCAUCCGCGACGCCCGGUCCCGAUUCGCCUGUUUUGGGCGCGGCCAGUAGCAUUGAGCUGCUUCGCGAAGGUAUGUCGCACUGCCAUUAUCGUGAAGUCUGCGUAGACAUGGACGCGGGCUCAGCGGGCACCAUGCCUGUCACUAGCGCCUACAACACCAUGGAGCAGAAGAACAGGACAACGAUCAAGAAGCUGGUACAUCAUCAGUUGUUGGGCCGCGGGUACGAGAAGAACGAUGCGGACUACAUCGCAUGCUACGGUGCAACUUGCUCGGGAACAGCCGUGGCGCUGCGACACGCACUUGCGAGCGUACCGGUCGACCGGGUCAGAGCUGCGACGCUGGUUCGCAUGCAUUUGGACCUGUACCUUGCGCCGACGCCAGUGGAAAGCGCCGCAAGCGGCACUGCGAAGGCAGAAACAUCUUUCAAGACGGAAUAUGAAACGACACCGCGCGUCAAGCUAGAGUCGCGCCCUUGA